GAAAACUUCCCCGGAACAAUAGUGAGGAGAAGAGGACAUGUGCAUAAAGCAAAACAUGAUAAGAGAGGUAGGGGCCCAUCUAGUCAGAUCCUGCAGAUGCCUUCCCAUCAACAGCCUACAACCUUUUCCAAGAAUGCCAAACAAAGAGAAAUGGACAAAAAUGUCCUAAAUAAUCACUGUCCCACCACCUCCCAAGCACCAAGAAGAUUCAAACAAGCAUCCAAAAAGGACGGUCCAUCACAACAUUGGGAGGAUUUUAUGCCUAUCAUUGAGGAUAUCAAUAACGAGGAACAACCUCAUGUAUUGGAUAGGCCUCACACGUCCUUUACUACAGCUCCCCAUGCAAAAUCUCCAAACCCUUACCAGGAGCUCAACUCUUUCCCUGAUUUGACCUAUCUGGAGGUUAAUGACAGGCAUAAAUGCAUGGAGAUUAUUCCUUACGUCCCAUGCAGUGAAGAUGUUAAUAAACAUGAGACUUUCAUUCCCACAGAAGAAGUAUACUAUCGUCCAGGAAGCAAGGAUGAUGGUUUUCUCAACAGCACCAUGGUUCCACAAUGGGAACCCUAUUCUGAUCAAACACAUCAGGAGAAGGAAACAACGCUAUUGGUUUGCCAUUCUGAUGGAGGAGGGGAAGGGGACACCCCUUUCCUCAAUCAAAAACUUGAGCCCUUGGCUAUUGACACUUCCAGACUUAAGUUCCUGAAGAGGAAAUAUGCUGUUGAUUUUAUGUGUGUUCUGGAGCCUAUGGUCAAUGCCUCUCAGCGGGACCAUUUUAGGCUUCAAUUGGGUUUUUCUAACUGUCUCCACUCCUUCAACAAUAAGAGAUGGAUAUUUUGGAACAAGGCCUCUCUUCAUCUCAACACCUGCCUGCCUGGAAGAAGAACAAGAUACAUGGUCAGGCAGCCCCACCCCACUGUGGGUGUUGAGAACUUUCCACAAGCUCAAGUAGAAUAUGAGAACUUUCCAAAUGAGAUCAAUAGGGAAUCAGCACAACUUGCCAACGCCAAACUUAUAAAAGCAGUUAAUGAGGAAGUAGAGUACUGGAAACAAAAAGCAAACAUCGGAUGGCUUGACAAAGGGGAUGCAAACUCAAAGCUCUUCCAGGAGGGGAAGAGGAAGAAGCUUUCAAUCACUCAUAUUCUCUCAACAGAAGGGAAGGGUCUUUCCUCCCCAGGGAGAUAAAAGAAGCUACUCUAAGCCAUUUCCAAAAACUCUACAAGGCUGAUCAUAAUCCUAUUCUUGAGCCAAUUAUUCCUCUCAUCCCAAAGGUUAUAACCCUGG